AAAACCCCACCCCUUAACUCUAAACCCUAAGGUUUGGAUUAAUUAACCCAAUGGAUAUAAAUGUAUAUUUACCUCUUUAAUGAAACAUAUUUUUGUGAUUUUGAGCCUUGAGUGCUACUUUGGGAACAAAAACUUGGUUUGGUGUUAUCCUAGUCUUUUUCUCUUGUUAUAAACUAAAAUAUGGAAACAAAAUGUGGAUUUUAUGGUAUUUUAAGAUAGUGAUUUAUUUCUAUAGGAUAAUCAAUAUUUUUAGGGGAAAUUUUACUUAUACACUUUCUUUGGUACCACAUUUCAAAUAUACCACAAGUAUGUGGACAUUUUAUAUGAUUUUCUUCGUUUCAGCUUUGUUUUCUCGUUACCAAUGACGAAAUAUAAUAGAACUAUGAUGUAAACACCGAUUUCAAGCUUGAAACCAUCAAAAAAAAUUUGUUGACUCUUGAGUGUUUGGCCGCAUAUAGUGCAACAACGAUUACACGACCCAAACUCGUCCCUCCAUGGAUUGGUUUUAGAACAAGGUUUUUACCGAACUAGAGAAUAGGUUUUCUUUGUGUUAGAGGUUAAAUUUUCAGCCUAAAUAUAACAUUUUAUUGAUUACAAUCAAUAUUCCGAUAAAAUAAGACAUAAAUAUGACCAUACAAAAAGAUUGAAAAUGUUACUUGAAUAUUUUUCAGAUAAGUACAUCUGCAUGAAAAAAAUCAGUAUGUUAUAUCUUACAAUAACUUAUUCUUUUCUAUAAAAAACUUAUUCAUUUUCUGAAUUAAUCUAUGAUUUAUGGAGCUUAAAUUACUUUUUAGAUAAGAGAGAAUCUUAAUGUUUAAUCUUAUUUUUUUCGUUUUUUCUAUAUUUAUUUUUAUAAUUUUUAUAUUUAAUCAAUAUUUUAAUAAAAUUUUACGAAUAAAAUGAUUUUAUAAUUUUUUUUAUCAAUUCUAUUCUACGAUGACCGGUGGUAAUCGAGGAAUCUUUUCCUUAUUUCCGUUAGUAAGACUUAUCUGUGUUUUGUUGUCUUUUCUUUUUAGUCUAACGAAUAUAUUUUUUUGUUUCCUCGGUUUGUUGUUGUUAAUAUUUUUGUGUCGUUUAGUCAUCUUCUUUUAAUUCAUUAUAAAUGUUAUAAAUUCUGUCAAAAUUUCAAAAUUUAAUGUAAAUUUAAUAUUUAACAAAUUUCAGUAUAACAUUUACUAGUGUUAAAUCUUCUACUAUAACAUAUUUUACAUAUAUUUCAAGUAAGUACAUCUAUAUGUAAUAAACUUAGUACAUUAUAUUUCACAAUAACUUUAUCUUCAUCUCUAUUAGUAUAAACAUACAAAAAUUAUACAAUGUUUAAUCAACAUUUUAGUAAAAUUUACAAGUGAAACAUUUUUAUAAUAUUUAGGUUAAUUCUAUUCUACGAUGAUCCAUGGUAAUCGAGGAAUCUUUUUCUUCUUUCGGUUAGUAAUAUUUAUGUGUGUUUUGUUUUCGUUCCUUUUUAGUCUAACGGCCGGAUAUAUACUUUUUCGGUUUGUUGUCGUUAUGUUGUCGUUAGUAUUUUGUGUCGUUUAGUCAUCUUCUUUUAAUUCAUUAUAGAUGUUAUAAAUUCUGUCAAAAGUUCAAAAUUUAAUGUUUAACAAAUUUUAGUAUAAAAUUUACUAGUGUUAUAUCUUCUACUAUAACAUAUUUUACAUAUAAUUCAAAUAAGUACAUCUAUAUGUAAUAAACUUAGUACAUUAUAUUUCACAAUAACUUUAUCUUCAUCUCCAUUAGUAUAAACAUACGGAAACUAUAUAAUGUUUAAUCAAAAUUUUAAUAAAAUUUACAAAUAAAAUAUUUUUAUAAUUUUUAGGUGAAUUCUAUUCUACGAUGACCCGUGGUAAUCGAAGAAUCUUUUCCUUCUUUCCGUUAGUAAGAUUUAUGUGUGUUUUUGUCUUUCCUUUUUAGUCUAAUUAAUAUAUUUUUGUUUUUUUGGUUUGUUGUUGUUAUGUUGUCAUUUAGUUAUUUUCUUUUAAUUCAUUAUAAAUGUUAUAAAUUCUGUCAUAAUUCAAAAUUUAAUAUAAAAUUUAAUAUUUAACAAAAAUUAGUAUAAAAUUUACUAGUGUUAUAUCUUCUACUAUAACAUAUAUUUCAAAUAAGUACAUCUACAUGCAAUAAAUUUAGUACAUUAUAUUUCACAAUAACUUUAUCUUCAUCUCCAUUAGUAUAAACACAUGGAAAAUAUAUAAUGUUUCAGAUGACUUAAUUUCUAGCAUUUCUUUGUUUUCUUGUUUCGCAUAUAAUAUAAUAUUAUAUUUUUAAUCAAUAUUCUGAUAGAUUUAAACAAAAAAAAAUAUAAACCAACAUAUCAUUAGAUAGCAUAUUGGAUUAAUUUUCUACAAUUGAUUACAUGUAAUCAAGUCAGUGGAAUGUUUGGAUAUUAUUCAAUAUUUCUUUCCUAAAUCAAACAAAAGUCUUUGGAUGCAGAUACUUUAUUACUAAAAUACCGUAUGCGCAUUUAAUAAAAAUUAUUAGUCAAAGUGUCAAACAUAAAAUAUUUACUUUCUUUUGGCAGUAUCUUCAUUUAUUAUACAACUAAUUAAACUUCCGGUAUAGAAUACCUUAGUAAUUUCACUUUUAAGAAAUACACUUUCCUUAAACCAAAACAUAACCAUGUAAUGACAACAAAGCAUACCCUUAUUCAAACAGUAUGCUUAAAGAAGUCAAAUACUGUCUAGUCUUUGACUAUACCAUCGUUUGUCUUCUACUGGUAUACCACUAUUCAAACAGAGUAACCGUUACAUUAAUCAACUUGCAACUUUCUUCAUGGACUAACGUCCUCACAGAUUCUCAGAUUCUUCCUUUAUAACACUAGGGCUCCCAUCAAUCUUAUCAUCAUCAUCUCUCUGUUUUCUAUCUCUCUCUCUCUCUAGAUUACUUAAGAUGGAUUUUCGAGCUCAAUUACUUGGUGAUCACCCCCGCCCCCGGUGGGCCAGUUCGACGUCUGAUGUUGAAUUAAAAUUUUCAUACGCGGCUAUGGUUUUCUUUGGCUGGAUAAAUGUGGCGAUGUAUAUGCUCGCGCCUGUUUUGCGCCCAACAAAUGUCUGGAUUGGACCUAACGCUUCCAUGCUUGUUGAACCAAACUCCAUCUUUAUCAAAAGCGUUAAGGUGGAAAAUGUGUAUGGUUCUGAACCUGGUCUUCAGCUGUUUGGGUUCUAUGCAUCUCCUCCUGUUGCUGUAAUGAAUUGGUCUGAAUCUCGUUUGGUGUCUGUCUCACAUAGAUCUUACGGGGGAUGCCCUUACUAUUUGAACGAAGGAGCCUCGUUGAAUAUUUCAUAUAAUGUUAAACCUGAAGGCUAUUCAGUUCGGCUUGUGGUCGAUAAAGUAAUCGCCACUCGCUGGUUGUGGGAGGAACCUCCAAAUUAUGAGACCGCUCUCUCAUUGAAUCUGAUUCAGGGGAGUGGUGUGAUUCAACUGAACAUAAAAAAUACUGAAAGUUAUCAUCUUAAUGUGGCUAACCCCAACUUGAAGGACGUAGAGGUGGAACUGGAUAUUGAUGUGAUGGCUGUCGUGUAUGAUACUAAAGAACCACCAUUCUACAAGUGUAACUUCAGCAACAGGGCGUGCACAUUCAAUACAAUGCCUUUUGUUGGAACUUCUAUUGUUAUAACUUCACCAGCAUAUCGACAGGGAGUAUUAUCUGGAGAACAAGAAUGGUUCAUCAGAAUUUCCUAUCAAGCUAGAUGCACUUCAUAUGCCAUCGUCACUGGUCUCGUGAUUUGCUUCAUUUUGCUAUCUAUAAAACUAAAUAACUGGUUACAGCAUCAUGGGGAAGAGAGAUACGUAAUGGAUGAUGAUUCAUCGAUUAUAAGUCUACUUGUAAACAAAGAUGACGAUGUAUGAAUCAAUGUAUGAUGAAAUUAUAAAGCUUUAUAAUAAUUAAAGAUAUAAUUAAAUAUAACAAAUCUCAAUUUUUUCUGUAUUAUUAUUUUUUGUUUCUUGACCAACACAAUUGUGAUAAGACCUCUUUGUUUAACCCAUUACAGGAUGAGUAUUAUAUUGAAUGUCAUCUUUCAAAGAUGUAACGAAACCUCUAAAUUAGUCCCUAGUUUUGUGGUGAUUUUUUUUUUUUUGGAACAUAAUUUUUUUUAUCAAACAUCAAAUUUUGUAACUACAAAGGAAAGAGGAACAUCUCCUUUGAUAACCAAAAUAAAACUGUUAUGGUGGUGAAUUUUUGUUUUUUCUCAAAAGAGUAAGAUAAUGAAAUAUUGUGAUGGCUCGAGAAAUUUAAUCAAAUUAAAAAAAAAAA